AGUCACGAACGAGCAAAUGACCCUGCUACCAACGGAAUCUCUCCGUCUCCUGCUACAAACCGACGCCAAUUCGUUCUCCAGUAUCGACGAAUUUGUUAACGCGGCUGUUGCCAGUCUGGCCGAUGCACUCUCGAAGCGCCGUCCGCAUUUCGACCCUGAAGUCGACGAGAAUUUGAAUGUAUUCGCCUGCUCGUGCGGAGGGAUUCUCGUUGAGCCUGUUACGUUCACGGACGGCAGCUCUAUAUGCAAACUGUGCAGUAUGAAUCAGACAGCUGACGGCAGAGUACCGGCAGGUAUGCGAGAGACAGGAGAGAGCUCUACGGCUGUAGCACUACCAGCUCCAUGUGUCAUGCUCUCAAACGUCGUCAAGAAGCAUUUUGAAGCUCACAUCGACGCGGUUCGAUUGCGCGUGGAGGGUGAAGAAGCUCUCAACGUCGGAGAUUGCACGAAGGCCAUUGACCUGUAUACGACAGCGUUACGAAUCGUUGGAGAUGAUCUCGUCCUACUUUUAAACAGAUCUCAAGCGUUUGCUAGUUUACGGUGUUUUGCUGAAGCACUAGCUGAUGCUGACAAGGCUAUAAGCAUAAACCCUAGAUACAGCAAGAGCCACUAUAUAAAAGGUCAAGCUUUGGAUGGCAUGGGACUGUUGGAUGAAGCGUCAGCUUCAUAUUUGGCGUGUUUGGUUUUGGAACAGGACAAUGUUGCUGUGCAAAAACGAUUACAAAAGAGAGAUGACAGCCAAAUCUUUCUCUGUACCAGAGCACCAGUGAAGUACGUCUCGGAUUGUUGCACAAUUGUCUUGUAUGGCUCGAUGGGGAAGACUGCAACUCUGUCGGUAUUCAGAAGGCUGAUGGGACGCCAGUUUUUGAGAUCGUUUUGAUUUCCUUUCUUAUCUAUGAUACGGAUGAUUCCGGUUCUCUGGCUAUACGAAAGAGAGGUCUUUUCUUCGACUGCGUUAACCAUUUGCACAAAAUCGUCUCUAAGCAGUGACCAGAAAGCUCUAUAAAAUUAUGUCG